AAGUGAACGAAGGCCAUUAUAUUUGUUUUUGUUAUAUGCUUCGACGUGAUUCUUUGUAACAACUCAAAAUCGGCACAUCUAACUUAUUUGACCAGACGCACGUCGUCGGGAAUGUCGGAGUUUGAGGGAGAGGCCACACCAGGUAAAGGCAAAACUCCGAUAAGUUACCUGCAGGAGAUAUGCACGAAGAAAGGUCACACCCCGCAGUACGACCUGGUUGCCAAUGAGGGUGCCGUUCAUGAGCCUUUGUUUGUCUUUAAGGUCAUUGCAGGAGAUGUCACAGGAACUGGCAAAGGACCUAGCAAGAAGAAAGCCAAGCACAAUGCUGCUAUAUCUGCUUUGAGUCAGUUGCUUGACUGCGCUGAUGUCAAUCAGUUGGCCUCCAUCAUUUCUAACAUGUCCAACAGUGACCAGCCACAAUCCAUUAAACCUCAAGUCCUCAUUGACACUGGGGACAAUGCCGAGGGGAAUCCAGUAGGGGAACUUCAGGAAAUGAUGCAGAAGAAGAUGUGGCCCCCUCCCGUUUAUGAGUACACCAGCGAGCAGGGCCCUCCACAUGCUAGGGAGUUCGUUUGCACUGUCAGUCUCUUCAAUUUUACUGAACAAGCUGUUGGAAAAUCAAAAAAGUUGGCUAAAAGAAAUGCAGCUACCGUGAUGCUGGAGAAAGUGCGACAGGGUCUCGUGAAGCCAGUAGAAAACUUUUCAACUUUUAAAAUUGAAGAUCAGGAUUUAGACCCACUCAACAAGAAAUCACCACUUAAUGACUCCUCAACAACAUCGGCAGCAACAACAUCAACAACAAAGGACGACAAUUUUUCAAAAAGUGAGAACGCAACAGAAAAGAGGAAAACCAGCUCGAUGUUCCUCAACACAAAAAAAAACAAACCAAGCACUGUCUUGGAGAACCUUUACAAAUUACAUUCAAGUUCUGAUGAAAAUCAAAAUGGUGAUUUUGAUGAUGAGGAUAUCAGUUUUGAGAAUGAUGGUGAUGAUGCAAGAGAGCUGAUUGGAAACGGUGUCAAAGACCCAUGCAGCAUGCGAGCAACAACCAUCCAGCCAGCCAGCAAGUUCAAGAACAAGUGGAUGUCGUUGCUGUGUGACUUGUCAGUCGAACAAAAAUUCCUCAUCACAUUUCAUGAUCUACCCUACACAACGGACAAAGGAAUAUACCAAUGCAUAGUGCACCUGUCAACAGUUCCUCCUGUGGUCUCGCAUGGUUCUGGCUCCCUCAGAUCAAAAGCUCGAGUACAAGCUGUCAAAAAUUCAUUAAAUAACAUUGUCACACUAACAAAAAAGAUGUUUUGAUUUGUUGUGCGGUUGUUGUUGCGUCUUUGUGUUGCUGUAAUGUUGUGUGGUUGUAUCAUUCUGUUGUGUAUUUGUGCUGUUGUUGUUGUAUUGUAUAUUUGUGUUGUUGUGUUGUAUCGUUUUGUUGUUCGUGUGCUACAAUUCAAUCAAUUAUUGUCUAGUCUGCAAAGGUUGAUCGCAUUGGAAAUUAAUUUUAUAAUUUUUUUUUGUUUUAAUUUAUAAAAAAAUGGACAACGCUAUGAACUUUUUUACUUAUACAAUUAGCUUUAUUUUUUCAUUUUAAUAUAAUUUCAAUUAAAAUCCAAACAAAAAUCAUGAAAUUAAAUUUUCAAAUAAAUAUGAAGAAAAAAAGGUUUCUGCGCGACUUACAAAAAAAAAAAAAAAAAA